CGGCGGUGACCCUAAGGAAUUUUCGGUGAAGAGGCCGCUCCGAGGCAAAUGAAGACUCCGUCUCCACCUCAAACCUGAAGUCGUAUCUCGAGGCGGCAGCAGCCAUGGCCUAGGUAGGUCCCAGGCAUGACGGGAACAUAACAACAAUGUAUCCAGCAGAGUCCAGAGGUGAGUGGAAAGUGGUGAGUGGGUUGCAGUUCGAAUUGUCGCCGGGCACAAGAGGCCGUUUUUUGAGAAGGCCGCAGACCCCGUGUGAUCCACAGACCGCGAACCACCACAACCGCGCCGAUGGGGAGUCCCGUGGUUUGGGGCCAGGCAUCAGAUCCUCCGGGGAAGAUAUGACAUUGCCGACGUCAUUUUCUUUCCAUUCUGGCCUUCCUCACGCACACUCUCUUUCUCCUCGUUGAUAGCUGUUGUGCUCAAGGUUCUUUUGCGGUUUGUUUGGGGUGUUCCACCACCCCUCACCCUCAUCCCUCCCCCCUCGAUAUGCCCUCAUCGUCCACUUUU